AUGCCCGGCGCGCUCUUCUCCGAGCCCGAGCCCAACGCGCAGGAGAUGGCCGAGCUGGAGUGGCCGACGUGUGUGCGUGCAUAUCGCACCCCGAUGCCGGAGCUCAACAUCGCAUUCACGCUGCGGCUCCGACCCGACCCGGGCUCGGCUUGGGAGGGGAGGGCGCAUCGCUUGAACACGGGGUAG